GUCCAACGAUGCAAGACAGUUACUCUCCACGAGUAAAAUUGAAAUGAAGUGUAUUAUUUUGGCAACGAGCCUUGCGCUCAUAUUAGCAGCGGGCAGUGUUACCGCUGGUGACAGACCCAUUUCGGAUUGUGGUGAACGUAUUCUGGAUGAUGGAUAUCCCAUGGAAAGACAUACCGUCACCACUGAAGAUGGUUACAUAUUAACUAUGCAUCGCAUUCCGUACUCUCCAAAAACCGGUGACGAUGGUAAUCGACCAGUUGCUUUCCUUAUGCACGGUAUGUUGAGUUCCUCAUCUGAUUGGGUUUUAAUGGGACCCAAUAAGGCUUUGGCUUAUAUCUUAUCCGAUGCUGGUUAUGAUGUUUGGAUGGGCAAUGCUCGUGGUAACACCUAUUCAAAGAAGCAUAAGUACUGGCCCACAUAUUGGCAACUUUUCUGGAAUUUCAGUUGGCAUGAAAUUGGUAUCUAUGAUGUGCCUAAUAUGAUUGAUUAUGUACUUGAAGAAACUGGUGAAUCGCAAGUACAAUAUGUUGGACACUCUCAGGGUACUACAGUGUAUUUAGUUAUGAUGUCUGAGCGUCCAAAAUAUAAUGAUAAAAUCAAAUCGGCACAUUUGUUGGGUCCAGCAGCUUACAUGGGUAACAUGAAGAGUCCUCUAACUAGAGCAUUUGCACCAAUUUUAGGACAACCCAAUGCCAUUGUUGAACUCUGUGGUUCUAUGGAAUUUAUGCCAAGCAAUCAAUUCAAACAGGAUUUGGGUAUUGAAAUGUGCCAAGCAACCUCACCAUUCAUUGAAUUGUGUGCUAAUGAAAUCUUCUUAAUUGGUGGUUACGACACAGAACAACUGGAUCCUGAAUUAAUUGAACACAUUAAGGCUACAUCUCCAGCUGGAGCUUCUGUGAACCAAAACAUACAUUUCUGUCAAGAAUACAACUCUAAACGUUUCCGUAAAUUUGAUUACAGCAUUGUACGUAACCCAUACGAAUAUGGCACUAUGUAUCCACCAAAUUACAAGCUUAAAAACGCUAAAGCUCCAGUACUGUUGUACUAUGGUGCUAACGAUUGGAUGUGUGAUGUUUCUGAUGUUCGACAAUUGCGUGAUGAAUUACCAAAUAUGCAAUUGGACUAUUUGGUGCCAUUCGCUAAAUGGGCACAUCUGGAUUUCAUUUGGGGUACCGAAGCUAAGAAAUAUGUUUAUGACAAAGUAUUGGAGGAAAUGGAACAAUAUGAAUAGAUUAUUUGAUUUAUAUAAUAAAUAUUGAAAAAGUAA